AAGGAGGAAACACCAGUGCCAGUGUAGCGGAAGUGGUACUGCCCUGUACGCUGAGCGACACGGAGGACGGAGCUUGCAUCGUCCAGUGAGCGAGAAAAAAACACAAAACAGGAUUAAAAGUCACCAAUAUUAAAAUGGAUAAGAACGACCUGGUACAGAAGGCCAAGCUUGCUGAGCAGGCUGAACGCUACGAUGACAUGGCUGCAGCCAUGAAGUCUGUGACAGAGCAAGGUGCGGAGCUGUCAAAUGAGGAGCGCAACCUUCUUUCUGUUGCCUACAAGAAUGUGGUAGGAGCACGCCGCUCAUCCUGGCGUGUCAUCUCCAGCAUUGAGCAGAAGACUGAAGGCAAUGACAAAAAACAGCAGAUGGCACGUGAAUAUCGGGAGAAGAUAGAAUCUGAGCUGCAGGAAAUCUGCCAUGAUGUGCUUGGACUACUGGACAACUUUCUUAUUGCCAAUGCAUCUUCUGCUGAAAGCAAGGUGUUCUAUCUGAAAAUGAAAGGUGACUAUUAUAGAUACCUUUCCGAGGUUGCAUCUGGGGAUACUAAGAAGGAUACAGUGGAUAAUUCCCAGCAGGCGUACCAGCAAGCUUUUGACAUUAGCAAGGGGGAGAUGCAGCCAACACACCCCAUCAGGCUUGGUCUGGCCCUCAACUUCUCAGUCUUCUAUUAUGAAAUCCUCAACAACCCUGACAAGGCCUGCAGCCUGGCUAAGACGGCAUUUGAUGAAGCCAUUGCUGAACUUGACACUUUGAACGAGGACUCUUACAAAGACAGCACCCUGAUCAUGCAACUACUAAGGGACAACCUGACUCUGUGGACAUCAGAAAACCAGGCAGAUGAGGGAGAAACCGGAGAUGGGGAAAACUAAAGGAAUUGCACUGUUAAUCCACCUACACUCUUAUCUUAAACACAGACAGCUUAAAUACAUCCCCCUCCACUCCAUCAGCCCCUCCCACUUCUGUAUGACAAGCAGCCUGAAUUGCUCCUGACCAACUAGUUUACCCCUCUCAGUUCACUGUGAGGUGACAGGGUAAUUUUCAGUUGUUAGCAAAUUCAGUCACUUUGUGGAAACAUGUUGUAUUGAUUAGUGAUUCCAUUUUGCUGUUGUUUUUGCCAGCUUUGUGUAUAGGUCUGUAUGCAGUGAGCGAGCAAGUGUGAAUGAAUGUGUGUAUGUUCUGGGGGGAGGGGGGUGUUGUGAAUUCUAAUCGUCCUUCCAAAUUCCUUUGUCCCAGCUAGAUUGUUGUGCAUUUUUCAUCCCCUUUUUUUGUUUUGUUACUUUUCUAUUUUGUGAUUCCUCAUAAUAUUUACAGGUUUUAUUGUAUGGUAAUUGAACUGGCAGUUGAUUUCCACUAAACACUGUGAUGGUAGGCGUUCCAUUUGCGUCACAACCCCAAAACAGUUUUCUGUUUAAAUUUCCAGACGUACAAUCCUGUAUUCAGAUAAAUGCAAUUCUGCUGUGGGCUCAUACAGAAAGGAGGCAGGCUGUAUUGUGACACUGACAUCUUGUUGGUAUGCUCCUAAAUCAAUUUAAGAAAUUAACAGUUUAAAUUUCUAAGGGACCCCUUAAAUUGUCAUAUUAGAUUUGUUCAAACAUAAGACAUUCCACAUGAUUAAGCUUUUGGAAACAGCAGUGCUCUCUUUUUUUUUGGGGCUGAGUAUGGAUUGUCAUUGUAGUUUUACUCACUGUUCAGGUGCUGCUUGAUCUCAGUACAAUGAAAAUUGUAUGUGCGUAAAUGUGGUUCCAUGUAUUUUGCAAGAUUGACUAUCAUCUGUAUGUAAAACCUAAAGUAACCUUUUAUUGAUGUUAAUUGAAAAUGUCUUACCACACUGUAUCAACCCUGCUUGCAAAAUAUGCCUCUUAAAGCGGUUGUUUUCUCCAAAAA